UGCUUAGUGUGUGAAAAACAAUUCACUUUCAAUUCACAACUUAACUUGCAUCAAAGAAUUCACACUGGGGAGAAGCCCUAUAAAUGCUUAGAAUGCGGGAAGAGCUUUGCUCACAGCACAGGCCUUAAACUGCAUCAAGGAAUUCAUACUUGGGAGAAGCCCUAUAAAUGCUUAGAAUGCGGGAAGAGCUUUGUUCUGAGCACAAAACUUAAGCGGCAUCAGAGAAUUCACACUGGGGAGAAGCCCUAUAAAUGCUUAGAAUGCGGGAAGAGCUUUGCUCAGAGCACAGACCUUAAGCAGCAUCAAGGAAUUCACACUGGGGAGAAGCCCUAUAAAUGUUUAGAGUGCGGGAACACCUUUGCUCACAGCACAAACCUUAAGCUGCAUCAAAGAAUUCACAUUGGGGAGAAGCCCUAUAACUGCUUAGAGUGCGGGAAGACCUUUGCUCACAGCACACAGCUUAAGCUGCAUCAAAGAAUUCACACUGUGGAGAAGCCCUAUAAUUGCUUAGAAUGCGGGAAGACCUUUGCUCUGAGCUCAACCCUUAAGCAGCAUCAAAGAAUUCACACUGGGGAGAAGCCCUAUAAAUGUUUAGAAUGCGGGAAGACCUUUGCUCUGAGCUCAACCCUUAAGCGGCAUCAAGGAAUUCACAGUGGGGAGAAACCCUAUAAAUGUUUAGAAUGCGGGAACACCUUUGCUCACAGCACAGACCUUAAGCGGCAUCAAAGAAUUCACACUGGGGAGAAGCCCUAUAAAUGCUUUGAGUGUGGGAAGACCUUUGCUCUGAACAAACACCUUAAGCAGCAUCAGGUAAUUCACACUGGGGAGAAGCCCUAUAAAUGCUUAGAAUGCGGGAAGAGCUUUGCUCAGAGCACAGACCUUAAGCGGCAUCAAAGAAUUCACACUGGGGAGAAGCCCUAUAAAUGCUUUGAGUGUGGAAAGACCUUUGCUCUGAACAAACACCUUAAGCAGCAUCAGGUAAUUCACAUUGGGGAGAAGCCCUAUAAAUGCUUAGAAUGCGGGAAGAGCUUUGCUCAGAGCACAGACCUUAAGCGGCAUCAAAGAAUUCACACUGGGGAGAAGCCCUAUAAAUGCUUAGAAUGCGGGAAGAGCUUUGUUCGGAGCUCAAACCUUAAGCGGCAUCAAAGAAUCCACACUGGGGAGAAGCCCUAUAAAUGCUUAGAAUGCGGGAAGAGCUUUGCUCAGAGCACAGACCUUAAGCAGCAUCAAGGAAUUCACACUGGGGAGAAGCCCUAUAAAUGCUUUGAGUGUGGAAAGACCUUUGCUCUGAACAAACACCUUAAGCAGCAUCAAGGAAUUCACACUGGGGAGAAGCCCUAUAAAUGCUUUGAGUGUGGGAAGACCUUUGCUCACAGCAGACAGCUUAAUCAGCAUCAAGGAAUUCACACCGGGGAGAAGCCCUAUAAAUGCUUUGAGUGCGGGAAGACCUUUUCUUGGAGCACAGACCUUAAGCGGCAUCAAAGAAUUCACACUGGGGAGAAGCCCUUUAAAUGCUUUGAGUGUGGGAAGACCUUUGCUCAGAGCGCACAGCUUAAGCAGCAUCAACGCAUUCACACUGGGGAGAAGCCCUAUAAAUGCGUAGAGUGUGGAAAGAGCUUUGUUUGCCUCAGAAACCUUAAGAGGCAUCAAAGAAUUCACACUGGGGAGAAGCCCAAUAAAUGCUUAGUGUAGCAUUUUUAGCAUCGUAGAAUGUUAGAGUUGGAAGGGGCCUAUAAGACCAUCGAGUUGAACCCCCCUGCUCAAUGCAGGAAUCCACCCUAAAACAUACCUGAUAGAUGAUUGUCCAGCUGCCUCUUGAAGGCCUCUAGUGUGGGAGAGCCUACAACUUCACCAGGGAACUGAUUCCAUUGUCGUACUGCUCUAACAGUCAGGAAGUUUUUCUUGAUGUCCAGAUGGAAUCUGGCUUCCUUUAACUUGAGGCCGUUAUUCCGUGUCCUACACUCUCGGAGGAUCGAGAAGAGAUCCUGGCCCUCCUCUUUGUGCCAACCUUUGAAGUAUUUGAAGAGUGCUAUCAUAUCUCCCCUCAGUCUUCCUUUCUGCAGGCUAAACAUGCCCCAUUCUUUCAGGCCAUAGCUAGACCUAAGGUUUAUCCCUGGAUCAUCCAGGGGUCAAACCUGUUC